AUGUGCUCACAUGCUCAAUUGGUCUGCAAAGAUGACUCGAUAGAGAGAAACUUUCAGAUCAGAGCUUGGGUAUGUGUGUCUGACGAUUUUGAUAUCAGAAAGUUGUUGACUAACAUACUUGAGUCGGUUACAAACAGCAAGUGUGAUCAUUAUUCAAACAUUGCUGUCUUGAGUAAUAAACUUGAAAGAGAGUUAAGCAAUAAGAAGUAUUUAUUAGUACUAGAUGAUAUUUGGAGUGAAGAUCCAGAAGAAUGGGAUACUCUUAAAAGUUUGCUAAAUUCAGUGUUUGUUGGUCUAUCAUCAAGACCAAAGCAUUUUCUCCGGGGGGGAGCAUUAGAGACUCCAAAUAUGACAUGUAUAGGAGAGAUAAUUGCAAGAAAUUGUAGUGGUUUCCCACUUGCUGCGAAAGUUCUUGGCAAUGUUAUGCGCUUACAUAAAACUGAGACUGAUUGGCUUUCAAUCAGAGACCAUCAUAGUUUAAAGAUGGUUGAUGUGAAAAUGAAAAUAACAUCUAUGGCCGAAGGGUUCCUUGAUUCAUAUCAUGUAGGAAAUCAAAUAUCACUGGAAGAUGUUGGUGAUGAUUAUUUUCAUAGCUUACUGGCUAAUUCGUUUUUUCAAGAUGUGAAAAAGAAUAGGUUAGGUGACAUCGAAACAUGCAAGAUGCAUGACUUGGUACAUGAUCUUGCACUUAGUGUCAGCAGCAUUCAUGAUUUAAAGGUUGUGAGUUCUGGUGAAAUGGAAUCUUUUUCUGGAUUUCGUUGGUUGAAGAUAGUUUUAGACAAGCAAGAUUCAAAAUUAGUAUCAAACAUGUUAGGAAAAACAAAAACAUUGAGGUCCUUUUUUUCCCUUGAUCAAGAUAAUUUGGGAGAACAUUUAUCUUUGUAG